CUGAUACCCUUCUGGGCGUGUUAUUUUUGGAUAGUUAUAUAACAAAAAUAUAGAUGUUUUAUGAAAUUUUGUCCAUACUGAACAUGGGUGUGUCAACGACUUGAAAUGAAACGAACGAACGUCUUCCUAUGUCACGUUUAAGUGCCCAAGAAUGGCCUUAACCAUGUUUAUUGAUUCUAAUACUUAACAUUGUCUAUAAGUCUUCUACUAACAUAACGAAACCCACCCGUUCAGACGACCUGAAAAUGUCCGCUUGAAUUUUUUCUUGCAAGAAGCUCAUGAGAUGGAAUUCGAGGCAAAACUCCCAUUGUCAUUUCAAAAAGAAAUUUUUGAAGAAGUUAGAAAUGAGGAUGGCCUGUGCGUCGUAGCGCCCGGACUUUCUUCGCUGAGAAUAGUCGCGAAUAUACUUGCAUACUAUUCUGUUCCAGGAUCACUGUUAAUUCUCUUGAACGCAAAUGACACAGACAUUGAAAUACUAGAGAAGUACCUAGAUGAACUAAAAAAGCCGUUGGUGUCUGUUAAUACAGAUAGCAUGUCGGUAGAUGGAAGAGAAAAAGCUUACAAGGGCGGUGGAAUAUUUGCUGUCACUAGUCGUAUUCUUGUUUUGGACAUGCUUACUCAUCUGAUUCCGGUUGAGUUUAUUACGGGUUUAGUCGUUUUGCAUGCCGACAGAAUAACUGCAACGGGAUCAGAGGCUUUUGUCCUCAGACUGUUUCGCCAAGGCAAUCGUGAUGGUUUUAUCAAGGCAUUUACGGAUGAACCGGAAAGAUUGACGAUGGGUAUAAACGCAUUAAGCGGCUGUCUACGAUGUCUUUUUCUGAAACAUGUAUCCAUUUUUCCACGAUUCCAUGUUCAUGUUGCAGAAGCGCUCGAAAAUUCACCAGCCGCCGUUGUCGAGUUCAACGUUGAAGCAACUGAGUCUCAAAAAAGUAUGCAGACAUGUAUUAUUACGUGUAUCGAAAGUACGAUAAAGGAGUUGAGAAGGAUCAACUCAGCACAUCUGGACAUGGAACAGUGGACAGUUGAUUCGCUGUUACAUCGGAGCUUUGAUAUCAUUAUCCGUCGACAACUUGAUCCUUUAUGGCAUCGUUUAAGUUCAAAAACAAAAACUCUGGUAUCAGAUCUAACCACACUGAGGUCCCUUCUCACUUCACUCAUUUCUUAUGACUGUAUCAGUUUCUUAAAGUUGCUUGACACAGUGAUUUUGUCUGCAGGAGGUCGAAAUCCCAUGCAAAACCAAUCACCAUGGCUGCUUUUGGAACCAGCUAAUACUUUAAUCAACCUUGCCAGACAACGUGUCUACAGCGUGUCUCCAACUUCGCCGAACGUGCAAGUACCAGUCUUAGAGGCACUCCCGAAAUGGGAUAUAUUGAAGACAAUAUUAGACGAAAUAAAACAAGAUGCCUCAAAAACAGACGUGACGCCUUCAACGUUAAUUAUGUGUGCUGAUGAUCGGACAUGCUUUCAGAUAAAAGACUACCUGCUAAGUUCCUCCUUCGACGAGGAUGCUUCUCUAAAGUUGAUGCAACGAAAGCUUAGGGAUUACUUAGAUUGGUUACAAAGAUACAAAAAAAUUAAGAAUGAGCUUCAGAUAAAAGGUAUUCCGAAACAACGAUUAGAAAGCAGCAACACGUUUCGGAAAGCCGUACCACCCAACAAACGUAGACGAGUCCGUGGAGGAUCAAAUGCUACAACGAGAUCUACUACCCCGGUAGAGGCGAACGAUAAUAUCGAACCUCUUUUUUCUUUAAUAAAUUCACAUGUUACAACGCCGGAGACCGAGAGCAGCGAAUCGUCCUACUUCAAUGACUUCUCUCUUAAUAUUAAGUCCUAUGAUGGUGACUAUGAUGAUAUUCUAUUAGAAGAGCUGUCUCCGAAUUAUAUUAUAAUGUAUGAUGCCGAUCCAGCUUUCAUUCGACGAGUCGAGGUAUAUCGAGCAACUCAUCCUGAAAGGCAGUUAAAGGUUUAUUUUACAUACUAUGGGGGAACGGUGGAAGAGCAGCGAUACUUGUUCGCAGUGCGCAGGGAAAAAGAUUCAUUUUCACGCCUAAUUAGAGAAAGAGCUAAUAUGACUGUGCUUUUGACAACAGCGGAAGAAAGUCUUACUGAUCCUGAGCACAAGUUUCUUCAAAGUGUUAAUACAAGAAUUGCAGGUGGAGGUCGCGUUUCAUCAAUGUCAACGGAGCAACCGAGGGUUAUUGUGGAUCUACGAGAGUUUCGAAGCACCUUGCCUUCAAUGCUGCAUGGUCACGGUUUCUCAGUUGUUCCUUGUCAACUGACGGUUGGUGAUUAUAUCCUUUCUCCAAAACUUUGCGUUGAGCGCAAAUCUGUUCCUGAUCUCAUUCAAUCUCUUAAUAGCGGUCGACUAUAUUCGCAAUGUGAAUCAAUGCAGGAUCAUUAUGAAAUCCCAAUACUCCUAAUUGAGUUUGACCAAAACAAAUCGUUCCAACUGGAGCCAUUUGCAGAGUUGUCGGCAGAAAUCGGAAAAAAUGAUCUCCAGUCUAAACUCGUCUUACUGACGCUUUGUUUUCCAAAAUUGAAAAUCAUAUGGUCUAGUAGUGCAUACGCGACGGUUCUAAUAUUCAGUGACUUGAAAGCUUUGCAUGAAGAACCCGAUCCAGAGACUGCUGUAUCAUAUGGACUGGAGCCUGGUCAGGAUGCUACCAGCACAUUAAAUCGUGCACCGGUAGAUUUACUGUUGGGUCUCCCUUAUGUUUCUCAGAAAAACUAUCGGAAUAUUGUUUACAGUAACGUUAAAAAUGUUACGGAAUUAUGUGACACAGAGCGACGCAACUUAACAGAAUUAAUUGGCCCAGAGUGCGGCAACGGUCUUUAUAAUUUCAUGAGAAAAGAACUUAAAGAUGUGUAAUGCGCACGGCUUUCUGUAGAAAAAUUGCUUAUUGCCUUAAUAUAUUGUUUUGUUCUACUUUCUAUUCCUACUUUCCAAUAUCCAAC